UGUAAAAACGUGAGCUCACGAGUCUUUUAUUUUGAAAUGCGUGCUCGCUCCCGCGGCAGUGAUGACGCGCCGCCGCUGUCACAGAGCUCCAGUCCAGCGAUCAGGGAAGAAGCAGAAACUCGUCUCGACGGAACUAAAAUAUCACGGUCACUGCGAUAUUGUCAGAGCUUGUUCAUGGCUGUAAUGGAUGCCACCUGCUGUGUUUGCUGAUCUGCUGCUCUUCUCAAAGUCCAGAGGGCCAUGAGCCCAACUAGUUCCUGUCUGCAGUAUGAGCCUCCGAACCAUAGGGGGCGCUGUGCUCAGCUCCCUGGGCCCUAGUCUGGCAGCUCAGGCUGGAGGAGCCUGGAGCUCCGUCUCUUUCAGACCCAUACCCUCCUUGCUUCAGACCAUGGUACCUGCUGGUUACACCGCACUACAGGAGGAACGGCUGGCCAUGGUGGACCUCGGCACGCCCAAGCCAGAGACCCUCAAGAACGGGUUCCACCGCGAGCCCCGCCGCCACUCAGACCGCAGCAGCCGAACGUCCAUCAGCCUGUCUGAUGCCGGAGACGGACGCUUUGCGGAGACGGAGCCCAUUCUGCCUGAUGGGAGGCUUUCAGGAGAAGAGGCAAAUGAGGAAGAGGAGAGCGAAGAGGAAGGGCAGCAGCAGCCAACUAGAAAUAUGCCCAAAGAGUCACCCCUUGCCAUGGCAUUGCAGAUACUGGUGCCCUUCCUUCUAGCUGGGUUCGGGACAGUUUCGGCCGGAGUCGUACUGGAUAUAGUACAGCAUUGGGAAGCAUUUAAAAACAUAACCGAGAUCUUCAUCCUGGUUCCGGCUCUUUUGGGUUUGAAAGGAAACCUAGAGAUGACUCUUGCUUCCAGGCUUUCCACAGCGGUGAAUGUGGGGAAAAUGGACUCGCCCAUAGAGAAGUGGAACCUUAUUAUUGGGAAUUUGGCACUGAAACAGGUGCAGGCCACAGUGAUAGGGUUCCUGGCAGCAGUAGCGGCCGUUGUACUGGGUUGGAUUCCUGAAGGAAAGUUCCAGAUCGGUCACGCCGUGUUGCUGUGUUCUAGUAGUGUCGCUACAGCUUUCAUAGCAUCUCUGCUGCAGGGUAUAAUAAUGGUGGGUGUGAUUGUGGGCUCUAAGAAGACGGGCAUCAACCCUGAUAAUGUAGCCACACCCAUCGCUGCCAGUUUUGGUGACCUCAUCACGCUGGCCAUCCUGGCAUGGAUCAGCCAGGGCCUCUACAACUGCCUAGACUCUCACCCAUAUGUGUCGUCUCUGGUGUGUGCCUUCUUCAUGUGUCUGACUCCGCUGUGGAUGGUCAUCUCUUCCAAACACCCUGCCAGCCGUCAGCUGCUCUACUCGGGCUGGGAGCCCGUUAUCACUGCCAUGUUCAUCAGCAGUAUUGGAGGACUCAUCCUGGACAAAACUGUGUCCGAUCCCAACCUGGCUGGGAUUGUGGUUUACACGCCUGUUAUCAACGGUAUCGGAGGAAACCUGGUGGCCAUCCAGUCCAGUCGGAUAUCCACCUACCUGCACUUUCACAGCACCCCUGGAGAGGUUCCUGACGAGGCCAAGGGUUGCUACUACCCCUGCCGCACCUUCUGUGGCACAGGGGCCAAUCACAGGUCAGCACAAGUACUGCUGUUACUGGUCAUCCCUGGUCAUUUGAUCUUCCUGUACACCAUUGAUCUGAUGGAAAGGGGUCACACCUCACUGACGCCCGUCUUCAUGGUCGUGUAUUUGGCUGCUGCUCUUUUCCAGGUGUUCUUGUUGCUUUGCAUUUCCGACUGGAUGGUGCACUCCAUGUGGAAAAGCGGGAAAGAUCCGGACAGUUUCUCUAUCCCAUACCUGACAGCGCUGGGCGACCUGUUGGGAACCGCCUUCCUGGCUCUCAGCUUCCACUUCUUGUGGAUCAUCGGGGACCAGGACAGUGAUGUGGGUGACUAAGGUCUUUCUUUGACCUUUGACCCGCAGAUCAAACUAUUCCAUGCUUGCUGUCCUCACUUAUUGCCUUGAAUGGCUGCUUGUCGGAUCGGGCAUGUGGCAUAAAAACAAACUUCUUCAAGUGCCAGAUGAUUUAUUAGUUGCCUCUAAAGAUUCGAAAGGCGGCAAAGCUUCUCCAUCAUCUCAAACAGGGUGAUUUCUGGUGCAUCUGAUGUCGGGCGGUACGAAAAGCUUCUUUAAUGCUCACUUUAUCAGCACUAUAGCAGUGGAAGGACCAAAUGCAAACAAGAAUAUGUCUGGUGAUUGUACGUUAUUUAUUUGUCUUUGUCUUUCUGUACUUAUUUACCCAUGUUGCUUUGUCGUCUCUUUUGAGACGUGAGACCAGUUCCUCAUGUCUGUUCAAUCGAGUCGGACCUUAUUACAAGUAUAUCCGCACAGUUUUACUCAACCAGUGCCAGAUCAAUUCAUAAAAACCUCUGUAAUGCAGUUUGAGAGUUAAAGUAUUGCUUUGUAUUGCUUAAUAGCGUAGAAUAAUGAACUAACAUAUAUCAGCUUUAAGAAAAGGGAAUAGACUUUCAACUGCUCAUUUAAAGAGAAACACAGCGGUCUGAGUAUCGAUUGGAAAUGUCAGAGUUUCUUUUUCAGUUUCCAACUACGUCCGUGGUUAAUGGUCAUGUAUGCACCAAACGUAUAUAUAUAUAUAUAUGUAUGUAUGUGUGUGUGUAAACAUUUUGUACAUUGUUACUAAGGUGCCAUGAACAGCAUUUUUCUAUGGGGGAAAAAAGAGUUUCUACUGGCACCAAUGGGGGAUUCUUUGUGUUUCUUACUUGCCAUGCUUUUUUGAUACUCAAAGUUUAAUAAAGGUUUAAUAAAAAUUUAUGUCCAAUA